AUGGUUAGUCUUAUUCCAAGCUUUGGUGGUGGUGGGUAUGCUAAUGGAACAGAUAAGAAAUAUAUUGUUCCUACUAUCAAGUUGAAUGACGCAACAAAGGGAGAAGGAGACAAUUCUCCUAAAUUCCAUCUCGAUGCUGCUGCUGCUGCUGCUACUGCUACUGCUACUUCACAACCUUCGCCGGCAGCAAGAGGAGUAUCAGCAACAGCAGGAAACCAUUUAUCCAAAAGGUUUAUCGAACCCGUGGGACUCGAGGUGAAAGAAGCAAGUUACAAGAUUAGUAUUCCUGACUUUGCCAAUUUGUCGCCUUUACAAUUGGGAUCAAGAUUCAUCUCCAAUGUCCAUAAAAUCGACUCCAACAUACCGCACGACAUUUUCCAAUCGGAAAUGUCCACAAAAACUCAAUCAAGUCUCGAUAACUACUAUUUCGAUUAUGAGAAUGGGCUAGCGGACUUUUCCAGAUUUGAAAAAAUCCAGCAAAUAGAUUUACCUGAUAGGUUUUUUGAAGAGUACAACAAAACUGAGUCAACUACCAAAAUUGGGUUAUUUAAAGAGAUUGAAAGGUGUUGGAUUGCAAUUGAUGAGAAGUUGAUAUUAUGGAACCAUAAAAUACCGCAGUCGUCGUUUAAUCUGUCGACGCAAUUUCUAACUUUAGACCAAAUCAAAAACACAAUUUUGGCAGUAAAGUUGGUAAAGCCAAAGGAAGGUAUUUUUUUAAAAGAGAUUAAUUAUUUGCUAUUAAUUGCAACUACUACCAAUAUCAAGAUAUUUCUAAUCAAAUAUGACAAGACACUAAACAGUUUGGAGAUUUUCAACCCGGAUUUAUCAGUUAAUGCUCAUGGAUUGGCAGUCAAUAAUUUCAUUACGCAUCCAAAAACACAUGAUAUAUAUUUCAGCGGCGAACGAGAUGGAGUCAACAUCUGGCGCUUGGAUUAUUCAAACAAGUCCUCUUUUACCAAAAACAAAUGCGAUAAAAUAUGUUUAACCAAGGGGGGAAUCACAAGUGUUAUACCGAGCAAAUUUCUGGGAUUUGGAUUCACUUCAGGAACAUCAUCAGGCGUGGAAUCAAACAACUUGGUCAAUGUCCCCGAAAGUAUCGUGCAAUUUGAAAUCGAUGCUGCUCGAGACAUCUUGUAUGCAUUGUCAAACAAAUCGGUGAUUAGGGUUUAUAAACUUCUGCAUAAACAAGAGAGCCUUACGGAGGGUAGUACACUAACUCCCAGCCAGAUUUUCAAAUCGGCAUCCACUCUGUUUGUUGAUGCAAGCAACUUCAAAGUGUUUGAAAGAUUUAAAAUCAUUUAUCUUAACGCUAUUUCACCGGAGGAAUCGUCGAUUAUACAGUUGAUUGCAGUUACCAGCAACGGGUCUAGAAUUCUUCUUAAAUUGGGUUCUGCAACUUCAUUUUCUUCGCUACUCACGUCGACUUUAUCAAGUGCAUUGAGGCUUAAUCUAGUUAAUAUCAAGUUUCCUCCAACUAGAGAAAUACCCGAGGUCAACAAUGAGCUUGAUUCUUUUACAAGGUACAGGCAGUACAUUUCCCAACUUAUUGCCAAUCAGCAAAAAUCCCAGCUUCUCAAAAACACAAAGAUUGCGAAAAUAAUAAGUCCCGGUGUGUUUCUUUGUGUGAAAAAGACAAAGCGUUCGGAUAAACUAUUUGUUGCCACGACAAAUUUUGGAUAUCUUAAGAAAAACAACAAGUUGGUUGAGGAUGCUGAGUUUAUAAAGUAUAACCAAAGCGAAAAUACUCCGUAUACUUAUAUCCAUGAUAUUGUACAAUUGACACCAUCAAUGAAUGCUGCAACAACACCUAAUGGCUAUGCAAACAUUGCAGCCAGUCAGUAUACUAAACAACCAUUGAAAUUUGCAGUGUUGACCAAUUUUGGAAUAAUGGUGUACCAAUUCAAGACCUCAGAUCAAAUUUUAAGAUCUCUUAAGGAUGAAGUAGUGGAAAACUUUAUCGAAGAGAAUGGCUAUGAGGAAACUUGUUCGACGUUAUUGUAUUUGGCUUGCUCGUAUGGUCAAGGCAAUUCAAAUGAUUUGUUUGGAAGAAAAGCGCAAGUCUUAUUUUCCACAUGCGGCAAUAAUGCUCGAUUAACAGGAGGGGGUCAAAAAGUAUCUCAGUCAAUGGCUUUGGUCUCACAUCACCAGCAACUACAGUAUAGCUAUUACCCAACAGUUGACCAAGUUGUUUUUAGUGAUAGGUUUUAUGGGACGUGUUUGUUGAUUGCAAGAUUUCUUCGAGAUAUUUGGAAUAAAAAAGUAUUCAGCCCCUUGUCUUCUAUAAAAAUUACGCCAUAUGGUCACAUUGAAAUUGCCAGCGUGAAGGACAAUAAGGUGUUGAUCAAAAGUUUAAACAUUGAGAAGAAACAAAUAGAAUACUUUAUUGGUACAAUAGUGGUGAUGAUUGAUUUUUUCGUUCAAAACGGGACCAAUAUCCAGGGGUUGAAUGCACCAAACUACAGUUCUAAUCCAUCUCAAUUUGAAAAUGAAGUUUGCUUGCGAGCGGAAAAUAUUGCUUUUACUUCAAUUCUCAAAUCUUUGAAUUCCAUGAAAGAAACCUUUUCGUUUUUGAUGGUGUUAAUUGAAGAAAUCCAGGCUAAGGAAUCUAAUCUUACUGAAAUAUUAGAGUUUCUUUCUCCAACAAACCAAGCAAAUCUUUUAAUGAUUACUUUUAAAGAUUUGCUAUUACCUUCUAGAGAUGUUAAGGUGUUGAUCAAGAGCUUGAUUUCGUCAAUUAUCAAUAAAAAUAUCGCCAAAGGAGGCUCUAUAGAUCUGAUUGUCACAUCAUUGCAAACAAGAUGUAACUCCUUCUGCUCCACCAAUGAUGUUUUUAUCUUCAAAGCAAUAGAGAGUCUUACCAAAGCAACGAAAAUUGGAUCUCGAGACAUUGACCUUAAAUUGCGGUGCUUAAAAAAUGCCGUUCGUUUAUUUGAGGAAACUUAUGAAACUUUGACAUUGGAGAAUAUCGAGACUUCUGUUGCCACUAUGGUGGAUUUAGAAUUUUACUCUGGUGCCAUUGGCAUGUUGUUGAAUAUUGCUCAAAAGUUGAACAACAAUUUAAGAAAUCCAAAUUUUGCAAUAAACCAAGUUGUCAAUGAAGAUAUAAUGAAGAAGUCACAAACGGAUAUUCAUGACAAAGUGAAGAAAUUGUACAAUAUAAUAUUUAACGUUUUGAAAAAGAUUGAUUUGAAGGCACUAAAAAUUUCUGAAACCAACAACCAGCUUUUGAUCAAUGAAUUUUUAGAAAUUCGAGAUUCGGCAUACGACUCUUGUUUUGCUUCCAAAAACAAGGACUUUCAUUAUUACUUUUACGAUUGGUUUAUUGAACAAGGAAUCAGCGAGAGGUUGUUGGAUGUUAACACGCCAUUUGUUUUACCGUACUUGGAACAAAAAGCCGAAAACAAUAUUGCCUUGAGCAAUAUUCUUUGGCUUUAUCAUGCAAAAAGGGAGAACUACUUUGAAGCGGCAAAGAUACUAUAUGCUUUAUCAAUAUCACAAUUUGGUCUUGAUUUGAAUCAAAGAAUUGAAUAUUUAUCUCGGGCCAAUGGAUUUUGUAAUUGUGUUUGUCCGCCAAACUCAAGACAAAAAAUGGUUCAAUUAUCAUCGACAAUCCAAGAGCUUUUUGAAGUCGCAGAUAUACAAUUGACUGUACUCGACAGGAUAAAGGGCGAUCUGAGAAUCAAUGCUAAUAAUAAAAAAGUUGCCAUUGAAGCAAUAGAUUCAAAAAUACUUUCUAUUAGUGACUUGUUCAACAAUUAUGUCGACCCACUUGGCUAUUAUGACUUGUCGUUGUUGAUCUUCAAAGUGUCUGAUUAUAAGAAUAGUGAUGAUAUCAUGAAAAGAUGGACACUUCUUGUUGAAAAAGUGUCUCACGAGUCUAAAACUCUGAAAGAACCGUUUUAUGUUCUUUUGAAUGAUGAGUUUAGUUUAUUUGCAUCACGAUUGUCUAGCAAUGACAUAGUCUAUCCCAUCGACGAUUUGAUUAAGCUAAUCUCAAAGGCACUUUAUGAGGCAAUUGAAGAAAACUCGGUAACUCAAACUCCUCCAAAGGGCUAUCUUGUGGAUUUAUUUAUAAAUUCAGGAGUAAGUUAUGAGAAAUUAUACUAUAACAUGAGAUCGUUGAUUGAACAUAACAUUGCUUGCUCGGUGUACCCUGAGUUUGUUGAGGAUUUGAAGAGGAAAGAAAUGAACUAUCUCAUAAAGAAAUGGUACGCUACAGACAAAAAGCUCAGAGAGUUGAUACCCGCUGAGCAAAUUGUCAAUUACGGGGACGUAUACUCAUUGGAAACCGAUCCCGUAAAGUUAGCCAAUUAUGUAUAA